AGACGAUCUCGCCGAGAAUCUCGGGCAGCAGAGUCCUGUCCGCAGGCUGCCUGGCUUCAGCCGCCGCGAUGCUGCCUGCAGCGUCGGGCCGGGCGGGCGGGAGCCGGGAGCGGGCCCCCGGCAGCCCAGCGCCCCCAGAAAAUACAAAAGACAUCCUACUGAUACAUGGAGAAGAUGCUGAGGAAUGGGCUCUGUACUUGAGGGAAGUUUUUUUUGCAUGUUGUGAAAGGGAAGCGGUCCUGUUAUAUCGCUUGGAGAAUUACUCUUUUUAUUUGGAAUUGCUGAGUUUAAACUCUUACAAAUGUAAACUUUUGAUCUUAUCAAAUAGCCUCCUUAAAGACCUAACUCCAAAGAAAUGUCAGUUUCUUGAAAAGAUACUUCAUUCACCAGAAAGUGUGGUUACUCUGUUGGGGGUGAAGAGUUCAGAUCAGCUCUACAAAUUAUUAAAUAUCGUCAGAGGCAGAUGAAUGUCUACCGAGCAGGAGCCCGAAGAUUACAUCGCUGUAAUCGAGAGUAUCAUAUUCAAAGGUUCUGAUGACUACCUUGAGGUCAAUAUUCCAACAGACCUAAAAGUGGAACAUUCUGGGGAAAUAAGUAAGAGACAGGAAAUUGAAGAAUUAUCAAAAGCUUCAAGAGAUACCAUACCACAGGCAAUUGUGCUUCCUGCUGAAAUUCCAUGUGAGAAUCCUGGUGAAAUAUUUAUUAUUUUGAGAGAUGAAGUCAUUGGUGAUACUGUGGAGGUUGAAUUUACAUCAAAUAGCAAAUGUGUUAGAACACAGCCAACCCGUUGGAAUAAGACAGUCUGGUGUAUGGAAGCUUUAGAUUUUCCUGCUGGGUCUGUCAAUGUCCAUGUCUACUGUGAUGGAGUCAUUAAGGCCACAACAGAGAUUAAGUACUCUACAAGUGCAAAGGCUGUGGAAUACCUAUUGGGAGUGGCAAGUCCAGGAGAUGGUGUGCUCCAGAAAGACAUUGACGAACUUGAUGAUAUUCUCACAUCCGUAUUCAAGCAUGAAAUACCAUAUUAUGAAUUUCAGUCGUUCCAACCUAACAUCAACCCUCAAAAAGAAUAUACUCAUUUCAAGGAACUUCCAACCCUUCUCCACUGUGCAGCAAAAUUUGGUUUAAAGAACUUAGCUAUCCAUUUGCUUCAAUGUUCAGGAGCAACCUGGGCAUCUAAGGUGAAAAAUUUGGAGGGUUCAGAUCCAGCACAUAUCGCUGAAAGGCAUGGUCACAAAGAACUCAAGAAAAUCUUUGAAGACUUCUCAAUCCCAGAAGUUAGCAGAAAUGAUCAAGAAAAUGACUAUGAAGAUGAUUUUACUUCAUUAUUUGCAUAUUCUUCUACCAUACAGACCCCAGCAUUUCAUCCUGAAGGUGGACAGACAUACAGGCAGUGGGCAGAAGGAGCUGAGGCAGAUGAACUGGCAAAGGAAGAUAAAGAGGGUGAAUCGAGCACAGAGGCCGAGCACAGCCUAGCAGAGGUUGGGGUUGGCACUUGUGCGAACCAGUAUGAUGAUGACUUCUAUGUGUUCGUUCCUGGAGACAAUCCAGAACAUACUUCACGAGAGCCACUCGUCAGCAACAGACCACCUCCCCCCCCUCCACGACCUGUAGCUGCUGCCUUCCCACUGGAAAAACCUCACUGCACAUUGCAGGCAGGGAAAAUGGUGGAAGGCCAAAUGGAAAGAAGUCAAAACUGGUAUGAUCUCGGAGCAAGACAGGAAACAGGAGGUGAGACCAAAGAAGAAAGGAGAGAAAAUGAAGAGGAGAAAGAGGAAGACCCAUAUACAUUUGCUGAGAUUGAAGACAGUGAUUAUGACAUGAUAUUGGCCAAUAUGAGUACAAAGAAAAAAAAUGGGAGUUGGUCUUUUAUAAUAAACAGACCUCCUGCCCCUACACCUCGACCCACAAAUAUCCCUCCAAAAGAGGAAACCACACCUUACAUAGCUCAAGUGUUUCAACAAAAGACAGCCAGAAAACAAUCUGAUGGCGACAGGUUCCACGGUCCUAAGAGACAAGACAGAGCUCGGCUGGAGAGUCAGAACUUUUCCACUGUGAACUGCCUUGCUGCUGGGCAGGAAGAGCUCAUCCUUCUUCAAGAGAAAGUCAAGAAUGGGAAACUAUCUGUGGAUGAAGCCCUAGAGAAAUUUAAACAUUGGCAGAUGGGAAAGACUGAACUGGAAAUGAUUCAGCAGGAAAAACUACGCCAGCUACGAGAUUGCAUCAUUGGGAAAAGGCCAGAAGAAGAAAAUGUCUCUGAUAAACUCACCAUUGUGCACCAUCCAAAUGGUAACGAGAGUGCCCGCAAUGAAAAUAUGUUAUAUAACACACCUUUCCGCAAUAAGGAAAGAUUACUAAAGAAGGUUAUUAUAAUGAAACCCAAAAAUCUGCAGACACUGUGCUUUCUGGGUGAAGCAUGCUUGCAUUUGGAUUGCCUGCUGUCUUCAGGGAAAAUACUAUACUACAAAAGCAGAGGCAAACCUCUGGAUUUCAGAAUUUGUCAUUGCCACGAUUUAUUGGCAUUAACCUGCUUCAGAUAGGUACAUCAAGAUUCAAAUUGAAUGCCAUAGAGUGAUUGCAUUCUUUGACAGUUCUUGCAUUUUACAAUGCAUUUUGCCACUGAAGCAGCUGUUCCCCAUUUUGAAAAUUAAGGGAAAACAAAAACAGAGAGGUGAAAACUUCUCUGUAGCAAAGAUAUUGUGCCUGUUUGAAGCACUCACCUGAACAGUUUACUCCUUACUCCUUACCUACUGUCUUUAGAAUGACCAUGAAAAUACACAUUUGUUAUAGAUAUAUAUGCUUUUUAAGUUGCUGGUCCAUUUUCUGAAUUUCUGACAUUCAAAUCUCUAAUUAUUAUUGCUAUGUUUUGAGAAACCUUCUCUUACUUAGUGCCUAUUUGCAUGUAACCUUGAGAAUAUUAUUUCUUAACAUUCUAUAACUCAAAUUAAUAUACAUUUCCACAACCUACAUUCUUUAAAAGGCUUACAAUUUCAGCAACCUAUUUCUUAAAAACAACUUACUAGUGUAGAAUAGAAUGCAGUGUUACCAUUCUGUGAUUCCCAUGCACGAUUCCUGCAAAUAAAAUGAAUGUUUAAAACUG